AAACGCAUCUCAUCAUCUCCUACCAAUUCCUUUCUAGUUUUCCUCCAUAACUCCCACAAAUGGAAAUGCUUCGCCAACCCAUUUUUUCAUCCACUUUUGUGUGGAUCAUCAUCAUCUUCUCCAUCUUGCUCCUUCUCCGACCAUCAUACAGCGAUCCCUUGGAUGAGUUCAUAGAGUGUAACCUUUCUGCUUCCUUCCAGUGCGGCGACUAUGGAAACUUUUACUAUCCUUUUUGGAACGACAAUACUUCGGAGCAUUGUCGUCCGCUUGGAUUCCACUUGAAAGACUGCGAAAAAGGGGUUCCCACCAUAGACUUUGGCCCAGAUGGUUCAUUCCAACUGUAGCAGAGAAACCCAUCAGAUUACAGCAAAUUGACGAUUGCUCCAAAGGAUUUAAAGGCAUUUAUUUGUCCAGUGACAACACAAAACAGAGCUCUGCUGCCCCUUUUCUUGAAAUUCUCCGAAACCAACAGAAACUUCACUCUGUUCUAUAACUGUACUCCAUCUGAUGACGUACCGACUGAAAAUAUUACUGAGUGCGGACCUGGAUAUAACAGACUGUUCUACAUGAAUGAUUCGGAUAGGGAUGAUCAUUCCGAAGAGCUGCACAAGUGCUGUAAUAUGACAGUUGCAGUUAAUUUGAUGGGUUUGUACUCCCUGGAGAGCAGAAAGGGAUUGGCUUAUGCUUUGAAAUAUGAUGGGUUUGAUGUGAUGUACAACAUUAGUGCGGUUUUAUGUGAUCAGUGUGAGGGUUUAGGUGGGAUAUGCGAAAACAA